AGCCUGAGGUAGCUGAAUGCCAGUGACUCGCAGUCAGGGAUGAAGCGUCUAGUUCCAGAUCAAAUGUCCUUUCAGAAGAUAAAUCCAUCUCAUAGUCCUUGUUGGGAGAGAGCUUCACUCAUGGCAGUGCGAUCAAUCUUCGUCAACUCUGACAGACACGCGGACGAGUCGGAUUUUGGCUUGAAAUGGUCGAGAUGUUACGCCGUAGAACUCAUAAGAGGUCGACGAAUGGAUGCCUUACAUGCAAAGAUCGUCAUGUUCGUUGCGAUGAGAGAUGGCCGCACUGCACUAGGAAAAGAAUGCAAAGUUGUGGAAGCCACUGAAUCACCCCUCCUGCACACCUUUAAUUACUCCGCUCCACAUUAUCGGCACAUCACCCAACGAGCCAUAUCCAUAGUCCAGCAGUCACAAGUCAUCUCCUUAGCGCGGCCAAUGCCGAAGAGCUGCCUGGGUACAAUACUUAGGCAAUAUUCUCCAAAAUACAAUCAAAUCGCUGCACAUUAUGAUUGUGCGAAAUACGCCUUGAUUAGCUUUGCCGCUUAUACACACUUUCAGGCCACGAAAAGUCCAGUUUCUGAGCAAAUGUGUAUGAGCCAUGCAAAUAUUGCUCUCAAGGCAUUACAGAAGGAGAUCGACCACUUCGGACCUUCAAAUGCAGAUGCAAUCAUAGUCGCGUCCAUAGCUUUGACUGGCUCAACAAAUAAUUGGGGGCAAUGGGCAGUUUUCAUUGAUGGUUAUUCCAAGACGCUGAAACAAAUGAAGGAUCUAAAGUACAAGACUAUCUUUCCAGAUUUGGUUGGACAUCGCUUCCAGUUCCGCAAAUUCUCCUCGUCCUCGGAUCCAAAUCCACAUGAAAUGCCAAAGGAUCGAGACUUGAUGAGGCAAGGAGUGAGCACAAUCAUGAACUCAAUCAGCAAUGCCAAAUCCGUGAUUGGAUUGGCUAAGUGGCAUAGCACCGGUUUUGGCUGUCUUGAAACUUUGGCGCGGUCCAUCAAUAGCGCGGUUUCGCUUGAGAACGAGGUUGAAGCAUAUCACCAACUAGCCUGGUUGCGUUCAUGGAUGUUCUGGAUCGAUCUGCGACAGUUUGAUGACUCGAAAGAAGAACAUAUGUUGACUGCUCACUUCUAUGGUCUUCUGCUGGCAGUUGUUCCCAUAUUUCCGGCUAGGUAUCAGCAGUCUCUUGCUGAAGCAUGCAGAAGGAUGAUUCAAUUGUCUCAAGAGGCACUCGAUGGAAGUACGGUCUCUGUUUAUUGCACAAAAGUUAAUGAGAGGUCGCCUAAUUUAUAA